AUGGCAAAGGGAAAUAUUUUCUCUUGUUUUCGAUGUAUGCGCCCUAAAAAGGUAAGUAAAUUAUUUGGUUUUUUUAAGGUUUCAACUAUAUUUAUCAUUAACUGAGCGUUCUAAGAUGUUAACUCCAAUGUAAUCCAUGGGUGUGUCCUAAAGGAGAAUGCAGGGGUGACCCUUUAUUUAAUUAUUAAUAUUUAUCACUGGAGAGGUCGAAGCAGGUCUUUUAUUUUGUUCUUACCUCAUUGGAGUUAAAUAUUUAACUCAUUUUUUAAUGUUCAGAUGGUCUCCCUGUUUCUGUAUUUCGUCAAUGUGUUCUCUAUAGAUAGAGCAAUUUGCAGUAAUUAUUGCAGCUAUAAUCCCAUUAUUCCAACCUAAUACAUUUCUAGGGAUUGAGUUUCCUCACUCUGUCGCUCUCAGCCUAUCACUGGCCGCCCAUCGCAAGCAAAGGAUAGAACUGAACAGAUAUUUGCUAGCGAUGGCCAGCCAGUGAUUGACUGAGAGCGUCAGCUGACACUUUAAGCAAAUCACUGCCUCCAUCGCCAGCUUACGCUAAUGCAGCUUUAUUAGACUCACAUAUUUUAAUGUUAAACCAGUCAAAAACAGUUUAACAAUUAAAUGUAAGUCUGCACUGGGGGAAGCCAGGCACCAUAACAACUUCAAUUAGAUGAAGUUGUUAUGGUGCCUGAAGUGUUUCCUUAAGUAGACUAAUUUACUGUAUUAUAAGUCAUUUGUAAUAGUUUAAAAAGUAUUGCUGGCCCCAGUGGUAUCCUGAAGGUGCACUGUAGAAACCUCUUCUAUUAGAGAAUUUUUCUUGCAAAGUGUCUUUGGUUUUCUGACUGUUUUUCUUUCUGCCAUUUUAGAGCACUAAACGCAAGACAUCUGAUAUUGCUGAACAAAAAGGAGAGGAACUUCCAGGUACAGUAAAAGCUUUGUGUGCGGUUAUGUUAAUAUGUAAGUGUAUAUCUGUCUUCAUGGACAUGCACAGCACAUUUCAUUAUGGAGUGCGCCAGGUGGGUGGGCUCUGGGGGGCAUGUCAGUGAGACAGCUUGCAUGACUGGUGACACCCAGAAAGGAAGUGGGCUCAUUGACAGAGGGGGUGUGUCAAACUGUCAUAAAUGCUCACUGGGGUGAAUGACUGACUGCAUCCUGGCUGGCCCCCCACAGAGAACAUCAUACAGAGAGCAUUGAUAUAGUGCCCUCUGCAUGGUCCUAGAGCCCCCUGCACAGUGCAAGGGUAUCUAAUUAUGUACUCGAGCAGUGAUGGAUGGAGAUGGCUCACUGGUGUUGUAGCUGUCUGUGUGUGAUGUAUGUGGCUGUGAGUGAUAUGUGUGUCUAUUUAAGUAAAUGUGGGUGAUAUGCACAGCAGUGCAGUAGAGAGAAAAUCUCUCGAUGAAAAGUGUAAAAAAUACAUAUUAUCACAAUUCUAAUUAAAAACACUGCCGCCUACCAUUGGAGGUGUAGCAGGGGAUAGCCAUUCUCUGAAACAUUGAGCUGAAGUGGUCUGGGUGCCUAUAGUGGCCCUUUAAAGAGAGAGAGAGAGAGACAGAGAGACAAGUGAGGGUUACUAAAGAGAGAGGGAUAAACAAGUAAAAGUUACUAAAGAGAAACAAGUCAAAGUUACUAAAGAGAGAGACAAAUGGGAGUUACUAGAGAGAGAUAGAGAAGUGAGUUACUAGAGAGAGAGAAGAAUGAGAGUUAUGAAAGAGAGAGAGAGAAACGUGGGAGUUACUAAAGAGAGAGACAAGUUAAAGUUAUUAAAUAGAGAGAGACAACUGAGAAUGAAUAAAAAGAAAGGUAAGUUGGAGUUAUUAAAGAGAGACAGAGAAACGCAGGUAGGCGGAUUAUUGCAAUAGGAAACUAGAAGUGGCAAAGAAGAAAUAAGUCAUACAGUGAUGUCCAUUAAAGGCAUACUCUGAGCACAGCACUAGUGGUUGUGGAGCUUAGAGUAGUUCUUUAAAAUAUCCCCUGAAUUCACAAAUAAUAUUUCACCUUACAAGUACCCCACUGAAUUAAGACACACGCAGCACACUACUGUAUUCACUCCAAAUAUACAAAAUGAAGCCAUGCGCACUACUCCCUGACAGCCGCAAUGACCGAAGUACACAUCAGCCCCAAUACAUAGAACAAAAAACAAAAACCGUUACCUGCGCACUAUCCCACAAUCCCUAUAUACAUUUAAAUAACUUUAGGUUUUAGGUAUCACUCCAAUGGCCAUCAAACUGUAAGCUAACUUGCCACAUCAAUGAAAAUCUCUUACGUGAGUACUACACUAGAAAAUUUUCUAAACUCCUACACACUUAUUAUCCCUUAAUAGUUAACACAUAGGUUGAUCGGCACUGUACCAUGGCUGAUUAAUACAAUAACAAAUACAAACAUACAAAACUAAGCCCGGUGCUCAAACUCCCCCUAUUCCCAAACAGCAGAAACAACCAUGGUUCUGCUUUUUUGGCCUUAAAUUUGGAAUUCACUUUGAAUUCCUGAUGGGUUUCACUUGAAUGAAUAACCCUGACACUCAAACAUGCCUUCAUACACAUUCCUUCUCACAAAACGAACACAAGCAAAUACACACAGACUUUAUUCACUGAACUGGGAAUAGUAGAUAACUAACAAAUUAAUUUUGUAGGCCCUUGCGUGGGCUGACCCCUAUCCAUAGUAGACUACUGGCUAAGACCAGGAAUUAUCUGAACUUUCAGCUAAUAUUAGUGUCCCCAUUAUUUUAAAUGACAAUGCUAAGUAUAUCCCACAAACUGAGCAUGGCCAUGUAGAUCAGCUCUUGGCAGAAAUUAAAUUCACUAAAAGACAUGAAUAGAACAGUUCUCUAGUCAUGUUUUCAAAUGAAUGGAGCUAUUGGCUGCUACUCAUGUGUAAACAUAACAAAUGCUCUCCCUGAGAAAUCUUUAAAUGACACUGGACGUAGGGGAUAUUAUUAUGACCGGGGGGGAGCUGCUUUUUUUUUGUUAAUGUCGUUUUAAGCUUCAAAAAGACAAACACAAGGAAAGGGAAGCUUCUUGCAACAACACAUGAGGUGUCUGUUUAAACAAAAGUUUAUGUAUAACUAGAGCAUAUCAUUUCUCAUUUUGUCUUGUUUGUAUUUGUAAUCUUGAUUGAGCAAUAUUGUCUCUCUUCGUUGUGAUUUGACGACUUUAUCUUUUAAAAAUUUAGAGUGUUCACACACUCCGGACUCUUCUAAAACUGACAAUGGCUCAUCCUCAGGUGAUGGUUUCUCUUUAACUGAUCUGAACAUUCCGAUAGCUGAUGAUUGGUCAAUCAAAGACACCUUUAACCGUUCAGCUCAACUGGACAAUGUUAAAAUAAAGGAGCAGAUCAUAGAGGACAUCGUGAAAGAAAAGAAAAUGAUUGAAGGAGCCAUAAAAAUUAGGAACGCCACUUUAGACAAAAAACAACUAGCUAACCUGGACACAUUUAUACAGACAUCUCAAAUUAAACUCUAUGAGCUGUAUAAUAAGCUCCAAGAGCGAAAUGCGCUUACUAUGCAGGAAGCAAAAGGUACAUUAAGAGACUUUGUGUUUCAUUGUAAGAGCCGGAGUGUGUACUUGUUUAUUGUAUCUAUAUUCCACAGAUUUCCUGGAAAACGUGUAUAAAUACUAUGUAAUGUGGUCAAUGUGUAAAAGUAACAUACAGACAUGUAGACAAUCAUUAGUAAUAAUAGCUUUUGCUUUUUGAAGGAGACACUAUAGUCACUAGAACAACUACAGCUUAUUAAAUUUGUUCUGGUGAGUAGAAUCAUUACCGUCAGGCUUUUUGCUGUAAACACUGUCUUUACAGAGAAAAUGCAGUCUUUACAUUACAGCCUAGUGAUAACUUCACUGGCCACUCCUUAGAUAGCUGUUAGAGAUCCUUCCUGGGUCAUGGCUGCCUAAAAUGCAUCCAAACAUUCAGUAUCUCCUCCCUCUGCAUGCAGACAUUGAACUUUCCUCAUAGAGAUUCAUUGAUUCAAUUCAUCUCUAUGAGGAGAUGCUGAUUGGCCAGGGCUGAGUUUGAAUCAUGCUGGCUCUGCCCCUGAUCUGCCUCUUUGUCAGUCUCAGCCAAUCCUAUGGAGAAGCACCGUGAUUGGAUCAGGCUACCACCUCUGAUGAUGUCAGCACACUGCUUGUUUUUAUGAGUCUAACAGCAUGCAGAGUUACAGCUUCAGGCUUGAAUACAGUAAGAUUUUACAAUAAUUAUGGAGGCAUGAGGGGCCCAGGGGGACUAGAUGGUGGUUUUAACACUAUAGGUUCAGGAAUACAUGUUUGUGUUCCUGACCCUAUAGUGAUCCUUUAAUAUUACAAUCAGGUGGAUAAUUUAGAGAUUUUAGUAAAUUAUAAGUUUGUGAACAGUUAUUGCACACAUGCAAAGUGCUGUAUGAGAGUUUAGACUCACUAUAGACUCACUUACUUAGCAUCAGAUUAACUCACAUUACACAGAGUGAAAAUAUGCAGCACAAAUAUAGUCUAACUGAGGAAGGAUUUGCCUUGUUCUUUUACCAGAAACAUAAGUGAGUCAAAUGCACCUGUAACUAUUAACUAAAUUAAGUGUAUUAAAGGAAUACUCCAUGCACCAUAACAACUACAUCUAUAGGAUUUAUGGUGCUAGCAGUGUCCUUGUGCUGUUUGACAACUCACCUGUGACCCACUGGGCACCUGCGCCACAUCUGCUGCAUCCAGGAGAAGCGGGAUAUCUCUGUAAAAAUAAAACAUGGUUAUUGAUGAAUGAUGUUCAUUGGUUGAGAGUGCUCAGCUGACACUCACAGCCGAUGAGACCGUUUCAGCAUUUCCCUACUUUACUUUAUAGGGCAAUCUGGAUUCACACGCUGUAGAAGACUGAAUGUAGAGCAUGCAGCACUGGGUAGGAACUAAAAUAGCCCCUUGAGCACUACCGUCACCAUAACCACUAUAUCAGCCUGUGGUGGUUACUGUGCAGGGAGUGUUCCUUUAAAUGUGCAAUAAACACUGUAGCUGACACAAUCUUUAUUGCAUUACACAUAAUUAAUCAAAUUAAAAUGUUGCUAAAUAAAUAUGUAAUAAUAUUUUAUGAAGUGCACACGCCAAACAAACUCUUGUGCAUGGCAUCCAAAUGUGAUGUCAUCAAGCGCCAUGGCGGACUUUUUGUUUACGCUGGAUUUAUCUUUUCUUUCAAUGAUGUACGCCUACUUUUUGAUUUACUACUGCUCUUUGAGUUCUUGGCAACUUUAAUGACUUAACCUACACUUUUUAAUGUUAUCGUUUAUUUUUAUUCAUUUAUUGAUCAAUAUAUUUCUAAAUGUUGUAUUAUUUUUCUUGUUACUAAUUUAUGGUAUGUCCAGAGAUCUCAAAUGCUCCUAAAGCUGACAGCUCCCAGGCAGAUAAUGAAAAGCUGACUAAUCUGCAGAAACAACUGGAAAUUGAGCUGAAAGUCAAGCAUGGAGCAGAGAAUAUGAUCCGAGAAUAUUCAAAAAAUCUUUCCAAAGUAAGUUAUAUUUAAAUAGAUUUUUUUUAGACAGAGGGAUUUUUAAAACAAAACACCUUUUACAAAGUAUGCAUUUUUUUCCCCCUGACAUCAUUAAGUCUGAUUUAAGUUAAAGGACCACUAUAGUGCCAGGAAAACAUACUCGUUUUCCUGGCACGAUAGUGCCCUGAGGGUGCCCCCACCCUCAGGGUCCCCCUCCUGCCCGGCUCUGGGGAGAGAAAAGGGGUAAAACUUACCUUUUUUCCAGCGCCGUGCGGGGAGCUCUACUCCUCCUCUCCUCCCAUUCGGCUGAAUGCGCGCGCAUUCAGCCGGUCUCAUAGGAAAGCAUUCAUAAUGCUUUCCUAUGGAUGCUGGCGUCUUCUCGCUGUGAUUUUCACAGUGAGAAUCACGCAAGCGCCUCUAGCAGCUGUCAAUGAGACAGCCACUAGAGGCUUUGGAGGAAGGCUUAACCCAUUGAUAAACAUAGCAGUUUCUCUGAAAUUGCUAUGUUUAUAAAAAAAUGGGUUAACCCUAGAGGGACCUGGCACCCAGACCACUUCAUUAAGCUGAAGUGGUCUGGGUGCCUAGAGUGGUCCUUUAAUAGUGUGAUGGUGGUAUUUAGUGUGCCUGCAAAGGAGCACUGUAGUCUGUGUACCUCUUUCCCCAGAUGUAACAAUACAGCUAAUAUAUUUUGAGCCAUAAAGACUCUCAAAUAAUGAAAGAUAAAUGAAAAAGAAUAUAAUUUAUAGUCCUGGCUGGAAAUCACACUAUAGUAGUUUAACAUUUUGAUACAAAUUAUUGUUUAAGGUCCAAUAAGAAUUUAAUAUAGACCAUAUGUAUUUGAGUUGUGAGUAGUUAAUAUUUUUUUUUCUAGACUGAUGAGAAGCAAACCUACAUUUCUUUAUACAUCAAUUAUCUAUCUGACUACUCUUAUUACUUUUACAGAAUAUUGCACAUAUUGUAGCUGUCCAGGAAACACUUCAAGAAAAUGAGAAGAAAAUAGACAGUUUACGCAUUCUAAUUCUGCAAGAAACCUCUAUUGUUAGAGGUAAAGUUUUAGUACUCUCAUAUGUCAUUUAAAGGAAACUUAUUAGGUCACAAAGAAAAAUAUUUUAUAUUUUUGUAAGUGUUAGGCUGGGGAGUAUGGCUUGUUUUCUUUGACCUGAUAUAUAUAUAUAUAUAAACAUUAUUAGAAUAUGAGUAACGUAGCGAUUUAUUUAUAAAAUUAAAUUAAGUUGACAAUAAAUGUAGUAUUAUUGAUCUCUGUAUGUUAUAUACAAUAUUAAUAUUAUGUUCUUUCAACCCUUUUCCAGAAGAAACAUUAUUAGCAGCUCUGGAAACAGUCAAUAAUAUAGUUGCUGUUUCACUGGAAACGGCCCCGGAUAUACUGGCUCAGGUAAGCUGAAAUUUUUGUUGUUGUUUUUUUUUUUACUCAUAAACAUUAUCAUUAAAUGUGCAUGCUGUGUACAAUAACCAUUGCAGCUCCGUGUAGUAGUUAUAGUGCAGAGAGUCUGUUGGUACUCGCCCACUUUUAUUGUGAAACCCUUUACGAACAUUUUGGUAAAAAGCAGGCUGUCCCUGGCACCCACAAAAGGCCUCUUCAAAGCCUCAUUUAUGCAAUGAGAAAUUAGCAUGUUUACAGUAUUAAUGGUAAUUCAUGAAAUGAGAGCUCUAACAUUUUAACUCCAAUGUAAUCCAUGGGUGCGUCCUAAAGGAGAAUACAGGGGUGGCUUUUUAUUCAAUUAUAAAUAUUUUUAAUUAGAGGGGUAGAAGCAGAUCUUUUUUUGUUCUUACCUCAAUGUAGUUAAAUAUUUAACUCAUUUUUUUUAUGUUCUGGUCGCCCCGUUUCUGUGUCUCAUUAACGUGCUCUUUAUAGUUAGAGCAAUUUCCAGACAGUAAUUGUUGCAGCUUUAAUCCCAUUAUUCCAACCUAGUACAUUACUGGGAAUUGAUCUUUCUCACUCUGUAGCUCUCAACCUAUCACUGGCCGCCUAUCUCAAGCAAAGGGUAGAAAUGAAAAGAUAUUUACUAGCGAUGGCCAACCAGUAAUAGGCUGAGAGCGUCAGUUGACAUUUUAAUCCGAACAGUGCCUCCAUCUCCUGCUUACGCUUAUGCAUCUUUAUUAGUCUGAGCAGAAGAGGCAGAAACUGGCACAUGGUGACACUUUGUGGUGUUAAACCAUUCGAGAACAGUUUAACAAUUAAAUGUAAGUCUGCACCUGAGUACUCCAGGCACCAUAACAACUUCAAUGAGAUAAAGUUGGUAUGGUUCCUGGAGUGUUUUUUUAACUAGAUUAAUUUCCUUUAUUACAGGUCACUUCUAGUAGUUUAAAAAGUAUUGCUGGCCCCAGUGGCAGCCUGAGGAUGGGCUGUAAACACUUCUGGUUUAUUAGUUAUUAUUAGUUAUCCUUGCAAAGUGUCUUUGGUUUACUGAUUGUUUAUUAUUCUGCCUUUUUAGCUUCAUUGUUUACCCAAGGGGAUUGCAUUUCUUGAUCUGUUUUUGCAGUGUGUAAAAAUUAAACCCACACAUCCAGCAAUUAAAGUGCCACCACUUUAACUACCUGUCAAUCAAUGUUAUAAGUUCUCAUAAAGAAAUUGUACAGAGAAGAGGACAAAUUAAACACUGCUUCUGUUUCUCUUCGGUAUUAGCAAUGCUUGCCCUGACUUUGCCAUUUGCUCAAUCAAAUCUUUAACAUAAAUUUAAAUGAAAAAUUUCGAGGAAAGAAUGGUUAACACAAGAUGAUUGUCAAUAUGUUGUUUAAUGUAAUACAUUCAACAGAAGUGACACUUAUUGUAUAUGGCUUUCUUUUUUAGAAUUCCAGAGCAAUAGGUGAUCCUGGUAUACAAGUUUCCACUUCUGAAACAUCUGCAGGCCCAUGGUAUGAUCACUUACCUACUAUGUGUUGCGGGAGCAAUUCGUUUUGCGUUUUUGUCUUAUUGUGUGGUGGGGGUAGGUAGCUUCCUAGCUUAUUUCAAUCAUUUUUGAAUGUAUUCCUUUCUUGGCAGUAUUCAGCAUCAAAUUCCCCUCAGCCUGCAAGAUUUCAAGCUUCACUCUGUGCUGGGUAGAGGGAAUUUUGCAAAAGUAAGUUUAAGGGGGAAUUCCAAUUCUAGUUUCAUAUAACAGGUAUCACAAUAACUUGUCUUUCCAUUUUUAAUACUAGGUGCUGCUGGCAGAGUACAAGGAUACAAAGAAUAUGUAUGCCUUGAAAGUCUUAAAGAUAAAUAAAAUAGUAUCAUCAAACAAGAUCCAUAGGUCAGUAAAUGAAGAGCAUCUAAGACCUAGCUUGUUUUCUGGGAAGACAAGAUCAUGUUUUCGGUCUUCUUUUAUUUUGUCGUUUGGUUUCGGAGAGCGGGAGAAAAACUACUUUUAACUUUUAUUUUUAUUUUCCAGACUUAUGUGUGAGAAGCUCGUGUUCCAAACAGUGAGCAACAGACGGCAUCCAUUUUUGGUAAACUUGUUUGGGUGUUUCCACAAUGAACAUCACGCCUGUUUUGCGAUGGAAUUCGCUGCUGGAGGAGACUUAGUGAACAACCUCUAUAACAACGGGGGUCCGUUUUCAAAACCCAGAGCUAUGUGA